CCCACCUAAAAGCAACCGCCAAAAUUGCGCUCCAGAUUCAAAAAACGGCAAUAAAUUUCCUCUUUCCUUUACUCUCUACGUUCCCAAUUUGUCUGCUCUCCAGUUGCAUUGCUCCCGCGCUGUUUAAUUUUUGAGUUAAAGAGAGAAAAAAUGGCCGGAAAAGGUGGAAAGGGGCUUGUGGCAGGGAAGACAAUGGCAGCUGCAGCAGCUAACAAAGAGAAGGACAAGAAAAGGCCUGUUUCCCGAUCAGCUCGUGCUGGCCUUCAGUUUCCUGUGGGUAGAAUUCAUCGCCACCUCAAAUCGAGAACCAAUGCUAAUGGAAGAGUUGGAGCCACGGCAGCAGUUUAUUCUGCUGCAAUUCUUGAAUACCUGACAGCUGAGGUGCUUGAGUUGGCUGGAAAUGCCAGUAAAGAUCUGAAAGUUAAGAGGAUAACACCUAGACACUUGCAACUGGCAAUUCGGGGAGAUGAGGAGCUUGACACCCUCAUCAAAGGAACCAUAGCCGGCGGUGGUGUGAUUCCCCACAUUCAUAAGUCUCUCAUCAACAAAACUACCAAGGAAUGAAUUACUGUCUUAACUCUAAAUGUCUAUUUAUAGAUGAAACAAACAGUGUUUUGUAUGAUUGCGACUGUUAGUAUUUGCUUCCAUCUUUAGGUUUCUAAGGUAGUCAUUAGAGUGCAGAUCAUAGUUAAGACCAAGUAGUUGGAAUUGUAGCUGUGUUUGAUUAUUGAUGUAGUUGUUUCCUUUAACAUUUAAUAUUGAUUCAUGGUACAUCUGUGCUUAA